AGAUACAGCUACACCGACCUUGCUGCCUGGCGAGUGUGGUCAAAACUCUGCUGUGGUCAAAAAUGGCUGCUCCUCCUCUCACCCCUCUUCCUCCUCCUCCUCAUGAUUUCUGUAAUGGCCAUGACUCUGCCCCAUCCUUUGCCGCACACCGACAUUGAAUGGCGGUCGUCCCGAGCCCUAAGCUCUGCUGGGAAGUUCAGACUCAGGCCCAGAGUCACGGAGCUCCCUCAUAUCCACAGCGAGGCCUGGAAGUUCAGCACUCGAAAAGAGACAUCUAAACAUUCAGUGCUACCUAAACCUUUGGGGGUUAGUGACAAAAACAGCAUCAAAGAGGGACGUUUCACAGACUUACACAGACAUAAACACAGAAACAAAGGCAUCGCUUCCAGAAGAAAAGAGAUGGCAGGCGCCACCCAGCAUCCAACCAUUCAUCAUCAUCCCCAUCUCCCAGAGUUUACAGUCAAUAGCACAGGGCCAAAGCAUAGAAUUAAGCCAAGCAACCACAGUAUUGUGGUAAAGCACACUGCACAGGCCUACAUUCAUCUACAAAGGAGCAAAUCCACAGCAGCACAUUUCCCUGCUCCAGCAAAUACCUUAAUAAGUGGCAGACGAGCUGUGGACAUACUGGCAGGCAGAUGGGAGGCUAGACACACAAACAGGAAUGCAGACACACAAAGACAUGGCAGCUAUACAAGUGCAAAACCAACUGAAUAUCACCGGGCUUUGGAAAAACACAGACAAGCAACAAAGCACUCUGGGAAAUCUGACAAAGUUGGUAAGGAGCAGCAGGCUGUGAAAAAGCCCUCCAGGGAUCUUAAAAAACACCAGAAUCUCUCAGAGGAUCCCUCUGAAGCAAAGAACAACCCUGGGGAGUUGCGCCAUGGAAAGGCUUUGUCCAAACUAGAGUCAGCAGUAAAGAUAGAUGACAACGGCUUGUGUCAGAGUUUUAGAGACCAGGACUUCCCAGACAGUGACCACAGGAGGAUCAGGAUUAGUCCAGAUCUCAGGCCUCUUCCCUGGCUCUCUGACGAUGACAUCCAGAGGAUGGAGCUCCUAGCUGGGGGUGAAGUGGUCAGUAAGAACAGGGUGCCUGCCCAUGGACAGGUGCUCAGAGUGGCGCUGGAUCCUCCUAUGCACCAGCAGCAGCCAUCUUCCCAGAGGGGCUCACCUGAGCAUGGACCUGGCCACAGACACCCAGAAACCCACAGUGAGCACUGCCAGCAGGGGCACUGCUGCCUGAUCAAACGCACUGAUGACUGGUUUGAAGUGUUUGCCUUCCACCUGGACAGGGUACUGGGACUCAACAGAAGUCUCCCUGCGGUGCUGAGGACUUUCCACAGUGAGAUUUUACCCUAUCGAUACAUCAGUGGCAUCCCCAGACCUGUAGUAUGGUGGGAUCCAGAUAUUCAGCACCUCACUGAUAGAGACAAUGACCAGAACUCAGUAGCACUCAGCUGGACCCAGUACCAGAGGCUGCUGCAGGUUCACUGUGGGAGAGAAGCAGACUUGGGGACAGCACCCUGUGUGGGAGUUCAACACUCAGAGUGGGGUAGACUGGCCUUCUUUGACUUCUUAUUACAGGUAAAUGACCGUCUAGACAGGUGCUGCUGUGGUUUCACACCUGAUCCAACAGAACUGUGCGUGGAGAACCUGCUGCAUGCUAAGUGUAGCAACACCAAUGAGCUACUGCUGGUUCACAUCCUGGUAAGGAAGGAGGAUCCCUCCAGACUGGUGUUCAUAGACAAUGCUGGCAGACCACAACAGUCCAUCAACAACCUCAACUUCAGGCUAGUUGAGGGCAUUGAUGAGUUUCCGGAGAGAGCAGUGUCAGUGCUCCAGUCAGGCUGUCUGGAGAGUCUUCUUCUACGCUCCCUUUACACAGACAGGGAACUCUGGGACAGCCAAGGUGGGGCCAGAGGUUUCAGGCCUCUCAUCCACACUAUAGAACACAGAGGGAAGAUUCUCCUUCAGCACAUGAGAGACAAGAAACUACAGCUUAUGAGGGACCUGUGACUGAGCUGAGUAAACCAAACUAAUAAAACACAUUGUCUGGGUUGAUAAGCUGAUUGUCAAGAUGGCAUUUUGUCAGUGUAAUCAAACAGAGAUCAUUCUGUAGCAAAAUAGGUUUUGAGUGAACAGACCUAUCUUGCAGGCAUGCUUGGAUGUAAAUGGAUGGACUUGCAUUUGUAGUAGUGCUUUUCUAGUCAUCCGACCACUCAAAGCACUUUUUACGCUACGAGUCAUAUUCACCCAUUCACACGCGCACAUUCAUACACUUGUGGCUGAGGCUACCAUACAAGGUGCACAUGGACAUGCAGACUGGAGGAGCCAGGGGUCGAACCACUGAUCUUCCGACUGGUGGACGAUCCGCUGAGCCACAGCCGUGUCCCACAAAACACUCUUUCUAUGAUGUGAUAUUGUAUUAAAAAGUCCAACUGAAUUCACAAAAGCCAUCCAUUUGCAGUCCCAAAUAUGUCAAAAGUGAUUUUCAAAUGUAUUAUGAAUAUUUUUUAUCAGAUAUAGCUUACAAGCCAAGCACACACAGUGUGCUGUUAGCAGGACAAAGAUCACAACAUGUGGAAGUAUAUUUUGAGGUGCUAAAAAGGGCUCUAGCUGACUAAUUAGCUGCCCUGUCAGCCUCACAGAAUGCUGAUGAUUACUGUAUGUAAAUAUGUUUCAAAUGAUAUGGUUUCACUGAAUAUUUGCAAAGAAUUCUCACUGGUUGGUGCUCAAAAACAGGAUGCUGUCAUGAAACACACACACACACACACACACACACACACACACACACCUGCACAAUAAUAUUGGCAUGUCCUUGGUAUCAGCUGAUAUCGGGUUUAAAAUGAAGAAGCAGCCAGCAUGCUUUUUCUUAUUUUGCACAAUGAAUGAAUAUUUCAUACAAUGAAAAGCAUUCUCCAUCAUGUUUCCAUCUGCUGGUGAGCCAUCACAAUAAGAGUAUGCAGGUAUAAUAUGAUGUUAAUUCCACUACAGAAGAGACUUGAUGAUCAUUGUAAUUAGGUGGGGAAUACAGUGGAUAUAUCAAUAUUGGUAUUCUUCCUCUGGGAUAUAAAUAAGUUCCAAGAGAGCCCAGGAUAUUAAGAACACACAUUUUUUAAUGUAACUAAUGGAUUUACUAAUGGUUAAUAAGUCAUUCAUUCAGGAUGAUGAUUCAUUUUAUAGGUCAUUUUAAUGCCAUCGAUAAUGGCUUGGAAAAAGCAUCCUGGCUGGUGUCAUUGACAGUGAAGUCACUAAUAAUUGUUCAUGAGUUUCUCACAGCCAUCUGCAGUUUUAUGUGCUAAUAAGCCAUUAAUAAAGGGAAAUAAAUCAUCACCGCAGUUCAGUUAUAAAAGGGUUAGUGGUUCCUCAUUUACUUUUGCUGGUGGCUUAUGACAGUCAUCCCCAGUUAUUAGUAUAGGAGUAGUCAAGUCAUUGAUAAGGAGUUCUUAUAAUAAUAAUAACAACAGAUUUUGCUCUAGAUGCAGCUCUUGGGUCCAUUGGAAGAGCCUUUAUGACGAACAUAUAUAUAUAUAUAUAUAUAUAUAUAUAUAUAUAUAAAUGUGUAUACAUAUACAUGGAAGGACAAGCCCCCAUACUAUUCAAGUCAUUAAAACAUUACUAUCUAUCAAAGUACACAGAGGACAAAAUGAUUGUGUUCUUUUAACAGAAUCAGACAUAAAGCUCAAGGUGAUAAGUAUGUCUGCCCUGUUGGAGUGGCAUCUCAUGUCCAAAUUGUCACUCCAAAUAUAUUCAUGUUUUUCAUUCAGUCUUCCAUCUGCACAUGCUAAUAUCUCCCCACGUCCCCUCACAGAGGGUAAAUGUGAGACAAAUUAUUUCCCUGUUCCCUGUCAUAGCCAAGUGCGGAUUUUGCCAAACAAUUUAGUGAGGAGAAGUAUGGUCUAUCUUUUUUAAUACUUUAAUAUUUUACAGAGCGCCAGCAGCAGAACAAGAGUUACUGAUUUGGAUGUCUGUUUUUAUGAGAUAUGCUUUUCAGCUUUUGAUUGAGGGAUUAAAAGUGUUGUCAGCAAAUAGGUUGCAGACUGGGUC